AUGAAAGAUCCGGUGACGAUCUCAUCAGGCAUAACAUAUGAUCGAGAAAGUAUAGAGAAAUGGAUGUUCUCUCGGAAUAAGAGUACCUGUCCGGUAACAAGACAAGUCAUUUCAGAUUCAGAAUUGACUCCAAACAUUACCGUUCGACGACUGAUCCAAUCGUGGUGCAUCCUCCACGCGUCCCAUGGCAUCGAAAGGUACCCGACACCUAAGGCUCCUAUCAGCAAACCACAGCUCCUGAAGAUAUUUAAAGAUGCAAAAUCUCCACAAAUGCAAUUGAAAUGUCUUCAAAGAUUGAAAUCCAUAGCUUUUGAAAACGAAACGAAUAAAAUAUGCAUGGAGAAAGCAGGAACGGCAGAAUUCUUAGCUUCCUUGAUAAUUGUUAAGAAAAUCAUGGUAGAAUCUUCAAUUGAAGAAUCAGAAGAUUUAUUUGAAUCGGCAAGAAUUCGAGAUGAAGCUUUAAGCAUUCUUGCUCAUCUCCAAUUAUCCGAAUCCAGCCUUAAGUCCCUCUUAAGGAACAAUGAGAUUAUGAAAGAUCCGGUGACGAUCUCAUCAGGCAUAACAUAUGAUCGGGAAAGUAUAGAGAAAUGGAUGUUCUCUCGGAAUAAGAGUACCUGUCCGGUAACAAGACAAGUCAUUUCAGAUUCAGAAUUGACUCCAAACAUUACCGUUCGACGACUGAUCCAAUCGUGGUGCGUCCUCCACGCGUCCCAUGGCAUCGAAAGGUACCCGACACCUAAGGCUCCUAUCAGCAAACCACAGCUCCUGAAGAUAUUUAAAGAUGCAAAAUCUCCUCAAAUGCAAUUGAAAUGUCUUCAAAGAUUGAAAUCCAUAGCUUUUGAAAACGAAACGAAUAAAAUAUGCAUGGAGAAAGCAGGAACGGCAGAAUUCUUAGCUUCCUUGAUAAUUGUUAAGAAAAUCAUGGUAGAAUCUUCAAUUGAAGAAUCAGAAGAUUUAUCUGAAUCGGCAAGAAUUCGAGAUGAAGCUUUAAGCAUUCUUGUUCAUCUCCAAUUAUCCGAAUCCAGCCUUAAGUCCCUCUUAAGGAACAAUGGCGAUCAAUUCAUCGAGUCCUUAACGCAUACAAUUCAGCGUGGGAGCUAUGAAUCUUCCUUAAGUCCCUCUUCAGGAACAAUGGUGAUCAAUUCAUCGAGUCCGUAA